AUGUCGACUCUACAAGCCACUGGGGCUACUGCCUCCCACCCCUUCACAUGCAACACAUGCCAGGUUGCCUAUCGCAAUGCGGAGUUGCAAAAGGGCCACAUGAAGAGUGACUGGCACCGCUACAACCUCAAGCGAAGAGUCGCCUCCUUGCCCCCCAUAUCCGCCGAGGCCUUUACCGAGAAGGUCCUUCAAGCUCGUGCCCAGACCACCGCCGAGGCCGACAAGGCUUUCUUCGAGAAGACAUGUCAGGUCUGCGAAAAGACAUAUUAUAGCGAGAACUCGUUCCAGAAUCAUCUGUCCAGCCAAAAGCACCGCGCUAGGGAGGCGAGAGGCAUUCGGCCUUCGGCUGCCAUCCCCGAUGAGACCAGUUCGGUUAUGAGCUCGACGUUCUCGUUGGGAGAACCAGUAAAGGGACACCACGAUGACGACGACGAUGAUGAGGAGGACGAGCUAGAGUCCGCUUCCGCAGAAGCCGAGUUCAACAAAGUUGUCGAGGGACUACAGAAGACAACUGUCUCCGACACCCGGCCGUCGCCCGUCAAGAGGCCUUCAAAUCCCCAGGCUACCACCGCGCGGAAAGAUUCGGAAUCAAGAGAGAGCAACGGGAGAGACUCGGGGUCUGCAACACCCACACCUUCACAGCCGGAUCCUUCCACUCUGCUGCAGCAGUGCCUCUUCUGCCGAUAUAUGUCUCCUACGGUCAACCUCAAUGCCCACCACAUGGAACGUUUCCACGGCAUGGUUAUUCCCGAGAAAGAAUAUUUGGUCGAUCUCGAUGGGUUGAUUAAAUACCUAGCUUCCAAGAUCUACGAAGAUUUCGAGUGCCUCACCUGCGGCAAGGCGAAAUCCAACGCUUUCGCCGCGCAGACUCACAUGCGGGAUGUCGGCCACUGCACCAUUCCUUACACGACGGAAGAGGAGCAACUAGAGAUUGGAGACUUCUAUGACUUCCGGAGCACCUACUCGGACGACGAGGAGGACGAGGGAGAGGAGGAAGAAUCCGGCUAUGAGCCUUUGAAGAUCGAUGGCACUAAGCUUGGAGCGAAGCGAUCUGAGAGUGCUACCGACGAGAAUGGAGAGAAGAUAUCUGUCGAGGAAGAUGGCUGGGAGACGGAUAGCUCGGCAUCUUCCUUUGACUCGGAGGAACUUACGGCCGUCCCUGCAGACGACCGCCAAAACCAGUAUGAACGCCUCAACAAGAGUCAUCAUCAUUCUCACGAAGAUCCUAGGCAACAUCACCUCGCGGACGGAUGGCACUCACAUGCUCACAAGCAUAAUGCCCGCUCCGUCUUCCACGACGACUACGAGCUUCAUCUGCCAUCGGGCAAAUCGGUCGGCCAUCGCUCGCUCAACCGCUACUACCGCCAGAACCUCCACAACUAUCCUACUGCGGAGGAGAGGGCCGAACGCGAGAGGCUCGCCAUCGAGAACGGCGAGGCGAACGGUGAUGAGCAGCCAGAUGGCGAAGGCGGUCCUAACGAGGCGAACCGCAACCGCGCUGUCAUCCCUAGAACUCAGCAAGGAAUCAUGGGCGUUACGGACCAGGCGAAGGGACAACUUGCGCGGGACAUCCACCAAAGCCGGAAGAUCGAGCAGGUUCAGGGUGCCAAGAGGGAUAUGGCGUAUAGCACGAAACUCAACAAGCAAAAGAACUACUACUACCGCUACGAGCGCGGUGGUUAG